UCUGAAACGUCACGUCCAGUAGAUUUGUGUCCUAAUCCCUAGGUUAAUGUGUAACUUUGGAGAAAAGCCGUGAUUUCAGAGGUUUUUAAAAUCUGAGAGCAAGACUCACUGCAACUCAUUUCAGCUGGAAAUUCAACAGCACAUAUCAAGGUCCUUCCCUGAGAUUUUUGUCAAACUACCAAAGGAAGAUGAAACUGUUUCUUCUAAUGCUUACCUGCUUUGCAAUGGGACUGGCCAACCGUGUUUAUAUCCAUCCCUUCUCCCUCCUUGACUCUGGUGAUGUAACCUGUGAGUUCACCAACAGUAAAGACAAGGGGCCUUUAGAGACCAUUCGUUCUCUGACACCCAUUCAAGACGGGACGGAGCCGGAUCCCAGGCCUACAAUCGGAGAACUAAAAAACCUCACCCGAUGGACUGCUGUGGUGGCUGAACUGCAGAACUCUCAGGGCCUGCGAAUGUAUCAGGCACUCAGCCGCAAGCAAGAGAAAGUUAACGUACUUUUCUCUCCUUACGCUUCCUUUGCUACCCUGUUAACUUUGUACCUUGGAACCUCCAAGAGUACUGCUAAUGACUACCAACAAUUCUUGGGACUCAUCUGGAAUACUGAGAAGCCUGGUUGUGUGAAAGCUAUAAAUGGACACAAGGUACUGCGUGCACUUAAUGCCAUUAGCUCAGUAAUCGACGGACCUCAAGAUGAGCUCAGAACCCGUGUUUGGACCUUUGUGAGUAGUGAUGCCGACUUGUCCAAAGACUUUGUGCGUGGCAUUCAAGAGUUUACAGACACCUCUUUUAUUCGAGCAGUGAACUUCUCCCAGCCCAAGGAAGCUGAGGCACAAGUCAACUUGUUCAUACAGAAGACAUCCCACAGCAAGGUUGAGAACCUUUUUAAAGAUAUCAGCCAGUCAACAAACCUGCUGUUUGCUACCUCUGUGCAUUUUAAAGGUAACUGGAGGACAGCUUUCCAGCCCGAAAAGACAACCGUGCAAGAUUUUCAGAUUGACGAUAUGUCCACUGUGAAAGUACCUCUCAUGACGCACACUGGUGACUACAUGCACCUCAAUGAUCCUGACAAGAAGUGCACUGUAGUCAAACUCGGCCUUAGCAAGCGGACCUACAUGCUACUGGUGCUACCCAGUGAGAAAGCCAGGCUGCAAGACAUUGAAAAUCAGCUACAGGCAGACACCAUAUCUACAUGGCAUAAACAUCUAAAGGAGCAAUACCUAGAAUUGUCCCUGCCCAAGUUCUCACUGACAGCUGUGACUGACCUGAGAUCAUUGUUAUCUGACAUGGCUCUUGAUAAGUUACUUCUGGGUUCUGAAGCCAACUUUCAGAGAUUCAGCACCAAGGGCAAUUUCACCAUCGACAAGGUUAUCAACAAAGUGCUUUUUGAGAUGUCAGAGGAAAGAAAGGAGGUUCCGAACAAGUCGCAGGAUGACAGAGUUCCUCUGAGAGUCACCGUGGACAGACCCUUUCUUUUUACCAUUGUAGAGGGCAACACUAAUGCUAUACUCAUGCUGGGAAGGAUACUGAACCCAAACCUGUGACCCCAAUGUUACGAUCCCAACUAAUGUGUAAUAUUACUGUCUUUCAUUUUCUUUCAACUCAAUGUAGCUUAUUACAAAAUACACAUAGCAAAUGUUUUCUAUAACAUUUAACUAUGUAUGAAGUUAAAUGUGUGCUGUUCUCACAACUGGCCAAGAGUAGGGCUAACUGACUUUCUUGAAGAAGCAUGGGCUGGUUUAAAAAACAAAACAAAAAAGGAAGCCAUAUUCACAGUAGAUAUCUUUUUUACCUUCCAAUGACAUUACGCAUUUAUACAGAUUAUUAUUUUUUUUUUUUUAAAUAUUGUCCUUGAGAGUUUUACUCAUCUAUCUUGAUAAAACGGCAACACUGUACAUUAACAUUCCUUUAACUGACCAUUUUUAACACAUUAGUUCCAGCUGAAUUCCAACAUUAAUAAAUCAAAUAAUAUAAGUACUGUAUUAAUUGAUUUUUUUU